CAUGAUCGGAAUAUGGGUAGUGCGUUUCCUAGGCAAAGAGCUGGCACAGGAAUUCGACGUCAGGUGAUGGUCUUGAUAUGUCUCAUGACAACUUCGACAAGACCACCACUAAGCCUAACGGAUGGUACCAGCAUUCUGUCGAGGAGACACGUUUACUUUGGUGCCGCGCGACCCUCUCCGUAGCCAUGUGCCAGCCUCACGGUUUCCGCGACCCAUAUAACCACGGAGGUGAACAAUGUGCCCACCCAAAUGCAAGGGCGCGCUGUCACAAGGGCGAGAAGGUCCUCUGGCAGGCCUAGCCCUACAGGGACUACCGCAUGUGGGCCACUAGCCAGAUCUGGGUAGUGGACCCCCGCUCGAACGUCAACUGUGACGAGAGGUCGGCGGAGAAGUUCCCCAAGGACGACGUCGAGGCCAGACUGGGAGCCUGGGCAGAUAGUGCGUCGGAGGUUCCCGCUCGUGCAGGCUCGCACGGGGUGCUUGUCGGGGCGCUGCGGAGGCGCUCCCGCUCGUGCCGGCUCGCACCGAGCGCCUGCCGGGCCGCUGCGGAAGCGUUCCGGAGCGCCUGGGAUGGCGAGGAGACUGAUCACCUGGAGAAGGAUCAACAGUUCAUCGUGGGCAGUGGCCGUCGCCGAGUGAUGGGGUUGUGGACCAACCGUGAGCGCGAGAUGAUGCAGAAUGUCAAGGCCGGUGGCAAGGGCAAGAGGCCGAGGUCGACCUCGGGCAUGCGUAACCAGUGGUACUUCUUCCUAUUCAUGUUUAUCCAAGGUCUGUCGCGCUUGGAGCCUUUGAUGUUUUCAAGUCAAUUCAGUGCGCUUGUUACUCGUAAUAAAUAGAAAUAGAGUGCGCGAUCCCGCCGCAGCCUAGGUCACCUGCUGCGCUGCUAGGCUGCAUAUGCUCUGCGCAAUAUUUGCGCCAUUACCUUGCACAGCAUCUCAUCGUGGCUAGUGAGCUUACAUGAGGUUGCAAGUGACAUACCCGACCUGGAUCAUCAGAUCGACGAAGGGUGUGUCAAUGUAGCCUCUCAGUUAAUUGUGCAACCUGUGAGUUUUGGCCCAGGGUAUUUGUAACCGCCGUCAAUCGGUGUGGGCGGCCUAGCUUUGUACUUUGGCGUCGACCGCUUAUUGCAAAACAGAGCCCGAUCCUCAUUAUCAUCGUUCGGUUAAUC